AGGCCCCGAUUCUGCUCCCACCGAGCUCAGUGAGGCGGCAGUUCCAGGCCUCGGGGUGAAAAAGCAGCAUGUGCCCUGUCUCUCCUGCUUGUAUUUCACAGCCAUGGGCACCCAGGUGGUUGCUUUGAAGACAGUCGGAACGUGUGUGCAAGAGAUGACCCAUUCCUGGCCUCCUCCUCUUACUGCUAUUCACACUCCUGGCAAAGCUGAGCAGACCAAGUUUUCUAUCCCAAGCAAGGUACAAGACUCUCAACAUCUGACCUCAGGAUACAAUGUACAAAAGUGGAGUGAUCCAGCAGGGAAAGUUGCAACUAAGUCAGUGCCACAAAAGUCAAUGCUUGAGGAUGAUCUGAAACUCAGCAGUGAUGAAGACGACAAUGAACAGGCUGCUGAAAAGACAAAAUUGAGAAACAUUCCUGUAAACAGCCUGCCAGUGCCGGCGGCACACGCAACCGGCUUGGCCCAUUCCAGCGGCGGCUCCGGGAGCUCCAGUGAGUCCGAGAGCAGCUCUGAGUCUGACUCCGACAGCGAGAGCAGCUCCAGUGACAGCGAGUGCAACGAGGAGUCCCGCAGUGCCACGCCGGAGCCUGAACCUCCCUCCACAAACAAAUGGCAGCUGGAUAAAUGGCUAAAUAAAGUGAACCCCCACAACAAGACCAUCAUCAACAAUCAAAAUGAGCCUCACAGCGAGACCAGCUCCCAGGCCCAGAGCAACCAGCAGGCCGAAGGGCCAAACAAAGGGAAGCUCAACAGCAGCCUGCCCCCGACCGAUUCCAAAGACCGGGCGAUCCUUAGUCCCAUCCGAGAGAAAGCCAAACCGCGGGUUGCUCAGAAAACCCCAGAGGCAAAAAGCUCCAAGCAGAAGUCACCAGCUCAUAAUGAGCCAACUUCACAAAGGACUACUGGGAAAAAGCAACCCAAAAAGGUAGAAAGGACUUCCAGUGUAGAAGAGUAUAACUGGCCCAAACCAAAUAAUACCAGCAACACUCCCAAAGAAAAAGACACACAGGAACCCCCUGAGCAGCCAAAGGUUCGAACUAAAGCAGCAGUUGGGAAGACCGCUCCAAGGAAAGAACCACGCACUAGCACAGGUCUCACUUCAGAGAAGAAAAAGUACAGAGGUCCCAGCAAAAUUGUCCCUAAGUCCCGGGAAUUCAUUGAAACAGAUUCAUCUACUUCUGACUCGAAUACGGACCAGGAGGAGAGCUUGCAGGCUAAGGUACUGCCAGCUUGCGCUGGGUCUGGCAAUGGUGUCAAAGUGAAGGACUCUGGCAGUAACAUCCUCAGCGUAAGUAGUUUAACUAGCAAUGGCAGCAACACAUCCAUUGACCAGACCAGCAAUGACUUGGAGGAGCAGCUCUUUUCUCCUAUCCCAAUCGUGCAAAAUGAACUUCUGUCCCCACUGAGAGAAUAUGAAGAGCUCAAAUCUCUGUGGGUGAAAAUAGACCUUAGUUUGCUCUCUAGGAUACCUGGACAAGAGCCUUUUGAGACCACGUCUGUGAAAAGUGAACCAAGAGAGGCAAACGUGAAACACAGGCGACCUUCUCGAGAGUCCCCUACCCCAGCAGCUGAAAAACCAUCCACAAAAUCCAAAAGGAAACACAAGCAGACGGAAAGCCUGGAUACUUUUGUUGAAAACAAGAAGCAGCGCCUGGAGGACCCUUCAGCUUCAUGCCUGCUCCCACCCUGUAUCUCUCCGAUACCAAAUCACAGAUUAACCAGCACUAAAGAGAGCAGCAGUAGCUCGGUGAAGAAGGUGGCAAAGAAAAGGGAAGAGAAGCUAUUCCCUCCUCCAUUGUCUCCCCUCUUGGAUGAGCCCGUGCACCGGCGGCACAGCAGUGACAACAGCUCCUUCAGCCAAGAGACCAACAUCACAAACGCCUCUCAGACCAGCAGCUCUUCCUCCUCUGUUUCUAAACACAGAAAGAAUGAAAAUAAAUCCUCUUCUAACCCCAAAGGAAUCUGUGAGGAAGAAUCUCACAACACACCAACAGCCAACACUCUUCUUGACACCAGUCAUCUAGAAACAGACAUCUGGUCUACAAUGCCAACGCUUUCCAAUGGGAAUUCUGAGCCCAGAAGACCCAAAAUAACAUUUGAUGAUGUGCUUCACAACGCUGAUUAUUACAUGCAAGAGGCGAAGAAGCUAAAGCAUAAAGCAGAUGCAUUGCUGGAGAAGUUCGGCAAAGCAGUGAAUUAUGCUGAUGCUGCCCUCUCCUUCAUCGAGUGUGGGAAUGCUAUGGAGCGAGAUCCAUUAGAAGCUAAAUCUCCAUACACCAUGUACUCAGAAACUGUGGAACUCAUCAGGUAUGCAAUGAGACUCAAGAAUUUCACAGGCUCUUCUGCCACGGAAGGGGACAAGAAAUUAGCAGUUUUAUGCUACCGAUGCUUAUCACUUCUCUACUUGAGAAUGUUUAAACUAAAGAAGGACCAUGCUAUGAAGUACUCCAGAUCUCUGAUGGAAUAUUUUAAGAACUCUUCAAAAGCCUCACAGGCCCCCUCACCUUGGGGUGGCAAUGGAAAGUGA